UGUGGCUCAAAUAGAUUGAAAGUGCGCUGUGCUGCAGCAAUGGCGGCGCUCGGAACCCUAACGGGUAGUGGCAAUUGGUUUUCUGCUUUGGCGCUCGGGGUGACUCUCCUCAAAUGCCUUCUCAUUCCUACCUACCAUUCUACAGAUUUUGAAGUACACCGCAACUGGCUUGCUAUCACUCACAGUUUGCCAAUAUCACAGUGGUAUUAUGAGGCAACUUCAGAGUGGACCUUGGAUUACCCUCCUUUUUUUGCGUGGUUUGAGUAUGUCCUGUCACAUGUUGCCAAAUAUUUUGAUCAAGCGAUGCUUAAUGUUCAUAAUCUGAACUACUGCAGCUCAAGGACCUUAUUUUUCCAGAGAUUUUCUGUCAUCUUUACAGAUGCACUCUUUGUGUAUGCUGUCUACGAGUGCUGUAAAUGCAUCAAUGGAAAAAAGGCGGGUAAAGAACUUACAGAGAAACCAAAGUUUAUUCUUUCAGUGUUACUAUUGUGGAAUUUCGGAUUGUUAAUUGUGGACCAUAUUCAUUUCCAGUACAAUGGAUUCCUAUUUGGAUUAAUGCUGCUCUCCAUUGCACGGUUAUUUCAGAAAAGGCAUGUGGAAGGAGCAUUUUUCUUUGCCGUUCUCCUACAUUUCAAGCACAUCUACCUCUAUGUAGCACCAGCUUACGGUAUAUAUCUGCUACGCUCUUACUGUUUCACUGCAAAUAAACCAGAUGGGUCUGUCCGAUGGAACAGUUUCAGCUUUGUCCGUGUUAUUUCGCUGGGACUCAUCGUUUUCCUGGUUUCUGCUCUUUCGCUGGGUCCUUUCCUAGCCUUGAACCAGCUGCCUCAAGUCUUUUCCCGACUCUUUCCUUUCAAGAGGGGCCUCUGCCAUGCAUACUGGGCUCCAAACUUCUGGGCCUUAUACAAUGCUUUGGACAAAGUUCUGUCUGUCAUUGGUUUGGAAUUGAAACUUCUUGAUCCCAACAAGAUCCCUAAGGCCUCAAUGACAAGUGGUUUGGUUCAGCAGUUCCAACAUACAGUCCUUCCCUCAGUGACUCCCUUGGCAACACUCAUCUGCACUCUGAUCGCCAUACUGCCCUCCAUUUUCUGUCUUUGGUUUAAACCCCAAGGGCCUAGAGGCUUUCUCCAAUGUCUAAUUCUUUGUGCCUUGAGCUCCUUCAUGUUUGGGUGGCAUGUCCAUGAAAAAGCCAUACUCCUCGCAAUUCUCCCAAUGAGCCUUUUGUCUGUGGAAAAAGCAGGAGAUGCUUCAAUUUUUCUGAUUCUGACCACAACAGGACAUUAUUCUCUCUUCCCUCUGCUCUUCACUGCCCCAGAACUUCCCAUUAAAAUCUUACUCAUGUUACUAUUCACCAUCUAUAGUAUUUCUUCACUGAAGAUUCUAUUCAGAAAAGAAAAACCUCUUUUUAAUUGGAUGGAAACUUUCUACCUCCUUGGCCUGGGGCCUCUGGAAGUCUGCUGUGAAUUUGUAUUCCCUUUUACCUCCUGGAAGCUGAAGUAUCCCUUUAUCCCUUUGUUACUGACUUCAGUGUAUUGUGCAGUGGGCAUCACAUAUGCUUGGUUCAGACUGUAUGUUUCAGUGUUGACUGGCCCUCCUGUCAGCAAGACAAAGAAGCAAUGAAUAGAGGAACUGCUUGGAAGUAGGCCAAGCAAUUAUUUCAUGGGAAAUUAAUCAGAACUUGAAGAAAGUUGCUGGUGGCAUGAGCCAUUCAUUUUAGUAGAUCUGUUUAGAGGACCAUGCUUGCCAUCCUUGGCCUUGUUGAGCCUAGCAACCUGAUUGUCACCAUGGUGAGAAGCCACUGCCCUCCGUAAGCAGUGAAAUUCAUUUGAAAAAAAAAAAUCUCAUCUUCCUCUGACUGCUAUGUUUACUGAAAGCUAACGGAGUCUGAUUAACAGCAUAAUUAUUUGUAUACUAAGUUAACCAUUGGCAGGAUAUAAAGGAUAAUUAGACUCCUCUACUGAAGGAAACAUAAAUAAAAUGGCAUUUUUUUUUA